AUGGCUAACAAGUUUUGCUUUGAGGCUCUCGAAAAAUCCUUAAAGGAUAUUAUGAGUGGAACCACACAUGCUUCUGAAAAAGUUUUUGGAGGUAAGGUUGUUGUGUUUGGUGGUGACUUUAGACAAAUUCUCCCUGUUAUACCAAGAGGUACUAGAUCUGAUAUUAUCCAUGCAACAAUCAAUGCUUCUUAUAUUUGGGAUCAUUGCAAAGUCUUGAGACUUACAAAGAACAUGCGCUUGCAAACUGGUGGAACUACUUCUAAUGCUGAUGACAUAAGGAGAUUUUCUGAGUGGAUUUUAAAUAUUGGAGAUGGGACCAUGUGUGAGCCAAAUGAUGGUUAUGCUGAUAUUUGUAUUCCAGAAGAGUUCUUAAUUUCUAAUUUUUCUGAUCCGAUCAAGGCAAUUGUUGAAGAUACAUACCCCGGUCUCAUUCAUAACUAUCUUGAUUCCAAUUAUGAUCUUCAAAGUCGUGCAAUAUUAGCUUCAACAAUAGAAGUAGUAGAUGAUAUCAACCAAUAUAUCACAAACCUUCUUCCAGGAGAAGAGAAAGAAUACUUUAGUAGUGAUUCUAUUGAUAAAUCUGAUGCAACUAACUUUGAUGCAUAUGAGCAUGUGACACCUGAAUUCCUAAAUGCUCUAAAAACUUCGUGA